GUCCCGCCUUACCAGGUGCGCCCCGCCCCCUACCUGGCCUUCCACCUUCAACAGCUGCUUCGAGGCGGCCGCCAUUACCUCUGGCGCCCACCGAGGGUCUGGGGGUGUGGUGGGGUUCUGAAGGGUAGAGGGAGUCUGGGGCGACUGAAGAGCAGAGAAAAUCAUCGUGGGCACAGGAGGCAAAGUAUCCGCACACCGAAGGACCGAGAAAAGGGCUUCCUGGAGAUUUCCUGUGUGGCGAGGGCAGAGGCGCGCCCCGCAGUCCCCUACGAGCGCCCGCACCCGAACGCAAGGCGCUCCAGUGCGCGUGCGCGUGCGUGGAGAGGGUCUUCCCGCACCUGCUCGCGAGACCCCAACGACCAGAGACUCGAGGCCUCUCUCCUGGGCUGCCGGGCGGAGUCCGUCAUGGCGCAGCUUUCUGAGCCGAGGCGGUGCGGGGUGCUCCUCGCCCUGCUGGCAUCGCUGCUCCUCUCCGGGGCUGAGGCGGCCGACGAAGAACGUGGCGUCCACGAUUUUUGCCACCUUCCCAAGAAAGUGGGAAGAUGCCGGGCCUCUUUCCCUCGGUGGUGGUACAAUGUUACUGACGGAUCCUGCCAGCAGUUUGUGUAUGGAGGCUGUGACAGGAAUGACAAUAAUUACAUGACCAAGGAGGAGUGUCUUGCGAAGUGUGCUGGUGUCACAGAGAAUACCACUGAUGAGCGGACCAGGGAUAAAGCAGAUUCCUCUGUCCCAAGUGUUCCCAGAAGGCAGGAUUCUGAUGACCUCUCCGGUGAUAUUUUCAGCUAUGAAGAACACUGCGUUGCCAAGGCCGUCACUGGGCCUUGCCGCGCAGCCUUCCCACGCUGGUACUUUAAUGCCGAGGAGAACUCUUGUGAUAACUUCAUCUACGGAGGAUGCCGGGGCAAUAAGAACAACUAUCGCUCCAAGGAGGAGUGCAUGCAGCAGUGCUUCGGCAAGCAGUUGUAUCCUGCCCUGCCCCUCGGCAGUAAAGUGGUGGUCCUGGUGGGGCUGUUCGUGAUGGUCCUGAUCCUCUUGCUGGGAGCCUCCGUGGUCUGCCUGAUCAGGGUGGCGCGGAGGAACCAGGAGCGCACCCUCCGCACCGUCUGGAGCUCUGGGGAUGACAAGGAGCAGCUGGUGAAGAACUCUUACGUCCUGUGAACCCCCGUUGCCAAGGGGCUGCCCCCCGACCCCCUGCUGAUGAGAAUCUGGGAAGGGAGGGGAGACAAGUGUCGACGCGUGUGUGCUUUUUCAAAUAGAGCGAUUGAUUUGUACUUGCACGAUCAUUAGGGCUUUUGGUCUGUUUGUUCUUCCAGAAGGUGAGAGGGCUGCUCCCUGGCCGACCAGAUGGGUUUGCUUUAGAAGUCCUCUCAGUGAAGCUCUGUGCACAGUGCAGGUGGUCUGGCCUCCAUCCGAGUCGGUUCCUCUUCGAUUUCUUUCUUUGCUCCAGGUGUAGUUUUCUUCGCUUAUGUUGAAUCCUGUUGCCUCCUUUCCCAUCACAAAAGUGAUGUUUUCAGAGUUUGUUUGUUGUUGUUGUUUUUUUAAGUAAGCAGAAACAUGGCUUUUUUUUUUAUUAGGAUUCUGAAAGGAAGAAAGUAAAAUGUACAAGUUUAAUAAAAAGGGGCCUUCCCAUU